AUGAAUCAGGAUGAUUUUAGAAGGCUAUUGGCAACACCUCAGCAGCCAAGGCAAACUACAUCUCGGCCUUCUUUUUUUCGGCCAAUAUCCAAAGAUUCUAGACAAACAUUUAUAGAAAAAACAACAAAGAAGUUUUCAGAGAAAUCAACACAUGGAAACCGUUGUGUUGGAAAAAAAGCGGCGAAAAAUGAAGGUUCAAAUACUACAUCAUCAUUAUUACCUGAAGGAUAUAGAAAUAGAGCAAAGGAGCUACAAAAAGAGGAUAGUGAGGACAGAAGAGCAUAUUCUAUGCAAGAAAAUAUGUUAUUAAAUCUUAAAGAAGCAGUAAAAAAAGGAGAAAUAUCACAUCAAGAUUAUUUAUUACAAACGCAACGAUUGGGAGGGGAUUUUGAAAAUUCAUGUUUAGUAAGGGGAUUAGAUCGAGUAUUACUUGAAAGGGUUAGACGUGGUGAGGAAAUUGGAAUAUCAGAACCAACAACUAUACAGAAAGAUUCAACAAAGGCAGUUGAAACUAAGGAAGAGGCAUUAGAUCUCGAUAAAAUAUAUAUGGAAGGUCUUUCAAAGAAAAAAGACUUGGAAGAAAAUAUUUCAAAAAGGAAAAAUCGAGACGAGCUCCUUUCUAUUUUAAAAAAACAAAAAACUCAAGAUCCAGUAAAGGAACAAUCAAAAUUUAAACCAAUAGGUGUUCGUGGAGAAAAUCCUAAAAAAAAUGAAUCAUUAAAGAAAAAGGAUGAUCUUUGUUGUGAAAAAAAACUAUUAAAUCAGGAUCAAAAAAAUGAAAAAAUGACAAUAUUAAAAGAAACAAAAUCAACGACUCCAAUAGAAAAUUUUCCUGAAAAAAUACAAAAAACAUCAAAUGAAGAGAAUAAUGACAUUUUUGAUGACGUAGGAACAUAUGAUCCGUUUGAAUCUAUGAAUUUUUACACAGACCAAGAGCAACCUACGCAAAAUCUAAUUCAACAUAAUAUAAAUAAUACAUAUACUCCAAAAAGGAAUUAUUUCCAUACAUCAACAUUAUUAGAAGAUGAUAAUCUGGUAGAAGCGGGAUCAUUAACAAGGGAGUCUAUAUUGAAAAAUGAUGUACAGCUUGUUACUGCAUUAAAAAAGGCGGCUACACUAGAGCAUUUAGAUAAUCAUGAGGAAAAUACACAUAUAAAGAAGAAAUCAAUGAAUAUGGGCUUUGGUCUUUGGUUAGAUGAUGCAUAUAAUGAUAUAGAUCUUAAUGAUGAUCCGUUUGACGAUGAUGACAAUUUGCCCUCCAAAUCAAAACGAAAAACAAAAUUAACCGAUACGAAACGAUCAAAAGUUACUACAAUUACAUGA